AUGAACAGCGACGUCCAGGAUCACCAUCCUUCUGUGCCACACGAGUCACAUGCAGCACCAAGGGGCACAGGUCACCACUUGAUCCCCUCACACUCGACCGCCUCAACUGGCAACGACUCCAUGUUUCCCUUUAAGCUUGAGCCCACGGACACGACGACGACAACGCCACCCAGCGGCGGCGUCGACAACGACACGGAUGAUUCCGAUCUUCCUGAGCCAAGAGUCCUCCUUGAGAGGAUCCCGACCAUUCUCCAGCCUUCCAUCCCAUGGACGAAGAGGCUGAUGCACUUUACCUUUGCCUGGUAUACCGUCACACUUUCAACUAGUGGUGUUUCUCUGGUCCUGGCCAUCACCCCCCAUCGCUUCCGCGGUUUGUCAACCAUCGGGCUCGUCAUCUUUCUCCUGGAUCUUUUCUUCUUCCUGGUCAUCACCGGCGCAAUCACUGUCCGCUUCAUCCUCUACAAGUCAACUUUCCAGCGCGCCUUCACCCGGCCCAACGAAGCCCUCUUCGUCCCGACUUUCUUCUUGUCGAUUGCCGCCAUCCUCUGCAACGUAGCCGAGUAUGCUCGCAUCUUCAUCUUCGACGACGACAUCAACUACCGAUUCACCGGCAGUCAUGCGUCCAACACAACUUCUCACUCGACCCCCUGGCUCGGCAACUCCACGUUCGGCCAGCCCUCCGAACCCGACGACGAAGCAGCCCCCGACGCCUCCUUCAGCUCCUUUCGAACCUUCCUCUGCAUUGCCUUCUGGUUCUUCUCCGCUUUGACUUUUCUGGUCUCGGUAAUCCAAUACCACCUCCUGUUCACCGUUAAAGCCGAGCGCCGCCUCUCUCUCACCACCAUCACCCCCGCCUGGGUCCUGCCCAUCUUCCCCGUCAUGCUGAUAGGAACGCUUGCCGGCUCAUUUUCCAAGACUCAGGACCCCGAAUCAGCAAUCGGCAUGAUCUGCGCCGGCCUAGCCGCCCAGGGACUAGGUCUGCUCGUCAGCUUCUUCUUCUUUUCGAGCUACUUAAGCAGACUAAUGGCCUUCGGCCUACCCGCCCAAAGACCGGGUAUGUUCAUCGCCGUCGGCCCGCCGAGCUUUACUGGCGCUGCGGUUAUUAGCAUGGCGAGCGACAUUCCGCGCAUCUUCCAACAGCUUCAGUCCCUCAACACCUCACAGAUCACCAUCCUCACCGGCAUCGGCAACACCGACACUUUGGCAGCGGGCGUGAAGCUAGCCGCGAUCUGGCUGGGCGUGUUUCUCUGGGGCUUGGGCUUCUGGUUCUUUGUUAGCGCCGUCGCGGGCAUCGUGGCGGGCAUGCCGGACAAGAAGUUCCACUUGAGCUGGUGGAGCAUCGUGUUCCCGAACGUCGGGUUCACCAUCGCCAGCAUCAAGAUCGGGCAAGGGCUGGGGAGCGAGGGCGUGCUGUGGAUGGGAAGCGGACUGACGGUGGCAUUGGUUCUGGCGUGGGCGUUUAUAGGGUAUCGCUGCGUUAGAGCGGUGAUGAAGAGGGAGAUUGUCUGGCCUGGACAUGAUGAGGAUUCUUGA